AUGGAUAUUAAAGAAAAUAAAAAACACUGUGAUUUUUCCACAGAUUCAUCACUGAAUAAUUCUUGUGAAGAUAAUGAUUUUUUAUGUGAAGAAGAUAAAGUAGAAAACAAUAAUAAUAAUAAUAAUAAUGAAAGUAUUAACGAAAAGGAUAUUAAAAAUGAUAAUUUAAGUGCCACAUAUAAGAAAAAUUAUAAUAAUAGUAGUAAAAAUAACACAAAAAAUAAUAAAAAUACAAUGACGAAUAAAAUAAAUAAUGUAAAUAUGAAAAAGCAAGUUUUGCAAAAUGAAGUUUUAUUACCAUUAAAUCAAAUGGCCUUAUCAGCUAAUAUUUCAAAUAAUUUACUUUCACCAAUGAAUAUAUCAUAUAUUGAUAAAAAUAAUAUAAAUGAUAUGGUAGAAAUUUCAUUAAAAAAAAAUGAUAUAAAUUACAAUUUACAAACGAAUAAUGUGAAUUCUCCAUAUAAGCAACCUUACAAUUACUGUAUAAAUAAAGAUAUAAUGAAUAACAACGUAACAUCAAUUAUUAAUUAUCCUAUUAAUACAUUAAAUUAUAACAAAAAUAGUUAUAACAAUUAUUUUGAUGAUAUAAAUAGAAUGAAUGAUACUUAUACCCACACUACACUUAAUAAUUCAUGUUCUAAUUAUAAUGAUUCUAAUGUUUUAUUAAAUUCAGAAAAUUAUAUGAUUCCAUAUGAUUAUUAUAGUUAUUAUUGUUCGUCAUUUAUGCCAUCAUUCCCUUUUUUUAAUUAUAGAAAUACUGUAAAUAAUAAACAUUAUUGUGAAGGAGAUGUUAUAAGUGAUUUAAAUAAUAAUAAACCAAUGGAAUCUUAUAAUGAAAAUAACAAAAUGUUUUAUAAUUUUAAUAAAUUUAUGUACACACCAAAAUUAUAUUUUAAUGAUAGUAUAAAUAAUAUAUAUCAAGUAGAUGCAUUAUCAAAUAAUCUAAAUUACUCAGAUAAAUUAUCCACUAAUAUAUUUCCAUAUAAUAUGAAUGACUAUAAUAGUUUAUCACAUCAAAAUAGUGAUAAUUUAAGUAAUAGAUCAAAUAUAAAUGCAAAUAAUACUCAAAUAUUUAAUUAUUUUAAUUAUAUCUCCAAUAAUAAUUUUAACAUACAAAGAUAUUUAUCUAGUAACAGUAAUAAUAAUAAUAAUAAUAGUAAUUCCACUAAUGAUUAUCAACAUAAUAUAUCUUGUUUCAAUACAUUUAAUUCUAAUUGUUGUUCAUCUGCAUCUAAAACAUAUUUCUGUAAUCAAUUUUUAAAUGAUUAUCCAUUAUUUCCAUUAUCUUCUGUUGAUAUGUAUAACACGGAUAAUAUAAAUUUUUCAUCCAAUAACUUAUUCUAUUAUCAAUAUGUAAAUAAUAAAGAUUUAAAAAAUGUAACUAAUAAUCAAAAUGUGAAUAAAAGAGUAUUAUCAACUAAAAAAAUAAAUUAUAAUAAAGAUAAUUGUCUUUCACCAAUAGCAUUUUCUGGGAAUAUUUAUAAAAUUGCUAAGGAUCAAACUGGUUGUAGAAUACUACAAAGGAUAUUAGAGAAAAAAAAUCCUCAGCAUAUAGAAGAAAUAUAUAAUGAAGCAUUAGAUCACAUAAUUGAAUUAAUGGUUGAUCCUUUUGGAAAUUAUUUAUGUCAGAAAUUAAUGGAAGUAUGUACUCCAGAACAGAUAGAAAAAAUUAUCGAUAAAUCUUCUGAUGAAUUAAUUAAUGCUUCUAUAAGUGUUCAUGGUACAAGAACAGUUCAAAAAUUAAUAGAAAUGAUUAAAACUCCUUCACAGAUUAAAAAAACUACAAAAGCUUUAAAAAAUUCUAUAAUUACACUAAUCAAAGAUAUUAAUGGUAAUCAUGUUGUACAAAAAUGUCUUAUUACUUUAUCAAGCCAUCAGUGUGAUUUUAUUUAUGAAGCAAUUUUAAAUAACUGUGUUGAAGUCUCUACACAUAGACAUGGUUGUUGUGUUAUUCAAAGAUGUAUUGAUUCAGCUAAUGAUGCACAAAAAGAAUUAUUUAUCAAAAAUAUAUCUAAUAAUGCUCUUGAUUUAGUACAAGAUGCAUUUGGGAACUAUGUUGUUCAGUAUAUUUUAAAUUUAGGAAUUGAAAAAGUUAAUUUAGAGAUAGCCAAUAAAUUACUACCUAAUAUUGAAAAAUUAGCAGUACAGAAAUUUUCUUCGAAUGUUGUAGAGAAAUGUUUAAUAAUUGGUAGUAAUAAAUGUAGAAAAAUUAUGAUUAAUGAAAUUUUAAAAAAAGGAAAAGAUGUGUUAAAAAAUAUCAUUCUUGAUCCUUUUGGUAACUAUGUGAUUCAAAGGGCAUUAUCUGUCGCAUCAGAACCAGAAUUAACAAAAUUAGUUGAAGGAAUUAAACCAUAUAUUAAAGAAUUACGUAAUUUAUCAUCAGGAAAAAGAAUAGCAUGGAAGUUAGCUAAAAAGCAUCCUUUACUUAGUGCAGAUAUUAAUCAUCAUUAUUUUACAAAUGAUAAUUUUUCAAACACUUAUUCAUCUAACACAGAUAUUUCUAACAAUAAUUUAACGAAUAUAUCUGUUAAAAAUACAGAUAAUUUAAAAAAUGAAAAAAAGAAAAAUUCUAUCUUGAAUACUUCAAAAAACUACUCAAACAAUUUUAACAACCAUACAAAUAAUCUUAAAACGUAUAAAAAAAAUACACAGUCAAAUAAAAGAACGCAAAGCCCAAUUAAUUUGAAUAGUGUUCUUAAUGAAAAUGAUUUAGAAAAUAAUACAAAUACAAAUAAAAAUAAUAUUAGUAAUAAUUCAUCAAACAUUGAUAAUAAUAAAAAUGGUGAUUCUUCUAUAAAUAAUAAAAAAUAUCACAAAAAAAAUUAUAUUCUAGAUGAACAUUUAAAUAAUUCAAAAGUUACUUAUAAAACACAACAAAUAUAUGAUGAAAAUAUUCCAAAAAACAUGGAUCAAAUAACUUUAAAUGAAAACAUACACAUUAGUAAUUAUUAUUACAAUAACAAAAAUAAUAGUGAAUAUAAUACUUAUAAACAUCAUAAAUAUGAUAAUAAAAAUAACAAUAAUUAUAUUAGUGAUAAACCUAAUGGAAGUAGAGAUGAUGUUUCAUAUAAUAAUAACAGCAUUAAAGAUAGUAAUAUUCUUAAAAAAAAAGAUAAAGCAGGAGAUCAUAUAAAUGAGAAAAAUGAAAAAUAUAAUAAUAAUUUAAAUGAUGAAGACUGUAAUUAUGAAAUUAAAAUAAAGGAAGAUAUGGAACGUAGUAAUGAUAAAGAUAAUGGUGUCAUAAAUAUUAAAAAUAACAGCAAAAGUGAUAAUAUAAAUAAUUGUUGUAGAAAUAAUAUAAAUAAUAAAAACAAUGGAAAUAAUUGUAAAUAUAUUCAUAAUAACAAUAGAAAAUAUUCACAUAAAACAAAUGAAGAAAGUAAAAAUAGUAAAAAUAUGAAAUAUAUAGAUUAUAAGAAUAAUAAAAUUUAUAAUAAUUAUAAUAAAAAUAAUCAAAGUAACCCGAUUAAUAAUACAAACAAUUAUAAUUUUACUCAAAAUAAUACUUAUAAUGAUAAUAAUUAUAACUCUUACAAUGAAAAUCCUACGAACUUAUAUUCAGAAAAAAAUUGUAAUCAAGAAUUUAUUUCCAAUUUAAGUAAUAAAAAGAACAAUUUAAAAUUUUCCUAUCCUUCAAAUAAUAAAAAUAAUUCGGAUAAUUACGUUAAGAAAAACAAUAAAAAUUUUAACAAAAAAUUCACUAAUGAAUUAUAUACAACAUAA